AUGGCCUCUCCAGUGCGGAUUAUACCGCAUUCGACCACUCAGCCGGUCGCCGAUGAGAUUCCUCUGGCGGCCGACAGCGCUGGAAACGACUAUCUGGCUGCUCUAUUUCCUUCUCAGGCUUGGGAGUUGCAACAGGCUUUAGAUGCGACUGCUGCUGGAACUACAUUCACAGCCCCUCUAGCAGCCACCGACACGACCGCAUCAUGGCUGUCGCAAUUCAUCAACACCUCCGAGUUGAAAGUGACCGGAUCAGUGCAAGCGGACAGUUCUCUAAGAGUCCAGUCCUUGGAGUGCAAUCUUGUACACCCGCCGCCCAGUGCAGGGUCGGCGACCAUCUCGUUGACCUUUUCCACUUUGCCAGAUGCGCUAAAUCAACAGUUCGGUCAACUGGAAGGGCCGCUAACCGGGCUUGAAGUCUUUGAGCAUGAGGCUGGCCUCUUGUUUGCAGUUCAAAACGCAGAUGCCGCUCAACUUGUCCCAUUUGGCGUGCUCCUCGAAUUCACUGGUAUUCACAUCUCGGCCUGGGCUAGAGCGCUGCUCGACGCCAUCCAUCUGCGUCUUCGGGUUGACGAACCUGCACAGCCCACUGGCAACGAUACAGUAACCUCUUCUACAACCACACGCUCCCCUCCCCGAAAUGGACUGUGGGUGUUCUCAGCGGACAGGCGUACUGUGUUGCGGCUCGAAUUCGAGUUGGACACCGGCGACAUCCCUAAGGAUUUAGUCAAAUUUCUGCCUGCUCACACUCUGACAGACCUGUCUUUUACUGCCCGGAAGACGGCACACUUUGGGUUACUCCGUAACCAGCCUGCGUUUGAUGGAGAGCUGUUUGUGGCUAGUCAAAUCCUCUUCCAGGUUGACAAGCAGAAGUUGCCUAAUUUCCCGGAUGUCAAGCUCGACUUUUAUAUAUUUCUCUCAUUGAACGGCACUAGCUUCAAGAUUCACAACGAAUGUAAAGUUUCAUUUGCAGAUUUGAUUCUUAUCAUUGGAGAACACUUGGAAGAGGAAUUAAAAAUAGUUGGCGUCAAGGCAGGGUUUGACGAGCUCAAAAGUCGUCUCUCAACCCACAUGGCGCAGGAGGACAACGAGGAAUUUGAAGUUCACUGGCGAGAGUUCUGCAUGACGUUCUCAGGGGAUACUCUAGUCAGUCUCUCUCUGCAACUCGAAGUCGACACCCCGUUUGGAGUAGAUAAAGGGCAACAUUCCGCUUUUCUAUUCAGUUUUCAAUGGUUACCGAAAACGAACGAUGUCAAGGUUACCGGCAAAUUUUGGCCAGUGCCGCCUAUGGAAGAGAGAAACAAAGAAAAGAUGCCACUUGAACGUCUUUUGAAUCCUAUUGAUGAAAGUCACUCGAUUAUACAGCCUCUCUCCUCCAACGCACAGAGCGUGAUCAACUUAACAAAGCUCUACCCGGGCUUUUCUCCUGGGACAUUACCGCAUUGGAUCCCAGAUGAGAUUACUGUUCUUGAAGUUGUUCUCUCCACAACUGAAAUUGACUUCGAAAUAUAUCUGAGGUCACAAUCAGCUCCCGACGAUUCGCCAGGUCUACCAUUCGACGAAGACACGACCUUUCAAAUCUCUUUCCAUUACACCCUGCAUCAGCCCGAAUCAGCUCAGUUCUCCAUUGAAGCAGGCGUAGCCUUACAUCCACCACAGACAUUCAGUGAUGUUGGAUCCUGCGAGCUAUCAGUUGGUGUGGAAUACGUAAGUCCCAUGUGGACUGUCUCUGCCAGUGCGCAAAAUGUUCGGUCGGCCAACCUUCAUCCACUCUUGCCCAAGAGUGUACGCGACGAUAUCAUUCGUAUGAUGCCCAAUGUAUAUGUCCCAGGCCUCUUCGUUGACUACACUUGGGGUGGAUCUAACCCGAGUAACUUGUCGGUAUCUGGCUAUCUGGUCAUCGGGGGGGUUGCUCCUUACAGUCUAUUAUCAACACAGCAGUGA